ACAAGUGCAUGACCUCACUUUGAGGAAUGAUGUCUCAUUUAGAGAGCAACACCAGCCAGAACAUCAUCACGAAAAUGCUUUGUCCCCUUUCAGCAAUCUCCAAAUUGACAUGAUCAAGUCUUUCCCUGCUGACUACAUGCACCAGUGCUGUCUGGGAGUGAUGAGAAAAAUGCUCCUACUAUGGUCACAGGGCAAGUCGGGGCAUCGGCUAUCGCCAGCUCAGCUGAGGGAGGUCAAUCAGAGGCUAAGGAAUUUGAGAAGUGACAUACCCCAUAUUUUUGCCAGGAAGCCACGCAGUCUGGAGGAUUUGGAGAGAUGGAAGGCCACUGAAUUCAGGCAGUUUAUGCUCUACACUGGCAAAGUUGUUCUCCGGGGAAUCCUGCCAGAAUCCCUGUACAGUCAUUUCAUGGCCUUUAGUGUGGCUUUGUGUAUACUAGUGUCUCCACAUUUAACACAAACCCACAAUGUGUAUGCCCAUGAGCUCCUCACAUAUUUUGUAGAACAAGGCCGGUACAUAUAUGGGAAAGAAUUCCUAGUGUACAAUGUGCACUCACUGCUUCACCUCACUGCUGAUGCCACCACAUAUGGAUCAUUAGACAAAUGCAGUGCCUUUGCGUUUGAGAGCUACAUGCACCAGCUGAAGAAGAUGGUUAGAUCAGGAAACCAUGUUCUAGUCCAAGCAGCAAAACGGCUCCAAGAACGUUCACAGAUUCCUAUACAAACAAGUGAAGAGAGACCAAUACAAUUGAAACAUCCUAAUAAUGUUUACAUUGUUAGCCCAACAUCCUGCUGUGAAGUUCUGGAGAGGACCAACUCCGGAAAGCUCUUAUGUAGAGUCUUCUCGCACUUAACAUCGUACCUUUACGAGCCAUGUGACUCGAUGAUCUAUGGAGCCUAUGUAUGUGGUCCAUCAAAGAUGGAGAUUCUGGACAAGACAAACUUGCAAGGAAGGGCAAUGAUUCUUGAGGACGGGCAUGGCCGCAAAGUUGUCUUUUCUCUCCUUCAUGACCUUGAUUAAUGAAAUAUGGAAAUAUGUACAUAGUUGGAUUUUACAUAGUUAUUUUUGAACAAGAAAAUGCAAUUGCUGUGGCGCCUGCAUUAUGGGUAGA